AUGUCGUCUACCGCCCGCAUGGACGGUGAACGGCGUGGCUCCGAUGGAAGGCACGCGCGGUCACGUGACAGUCUUGGCCCUACUGCAGGCCAGCUGACCUUUGUGUCUCUGGCAAGCGGCUGGGUGAGUCAACUGGACGUAUACGUCAUGCUGCAGAAUAUACGCGGACAGCUCGCCCAGCAGAAUAUCACUGACAUCCGUUUCCUGGUCGUCAACGCGGCCGACCAGCACUCCGUUGAUAACGUCGGGGAGCUGGCAAGGCGUGUCACAUUUCCGGUCUACCAGGAUACGGAGCGCGCUCAGAUCUGGCGUCAACUCGGGGGCGAAAAGGACGACCUGCUCGUUUACGACAGGUGUGGCCUACUAACCCACCAUCUCCGACUACCGAACAGCCUUCUGAACAAACGUCACUUCCAGAACGCCCUUUGGGAGACCUACUUCGACAAUCCUUGCCAGUGCGACCUCUCAUCCUCCCAAAUUCUUCCGGUGGCCGUCGUCACGCCUGCCCCAAAUCGCCGCCGUCCCAAUAACCGAGGUUCCCGUAACCAGAAUCACAAUGGUCAGCAUAAUCAUCAUCAUCAUCAUAACCACCAUCAACAUCAGCAAGGUCACAGAAACACGCGUAUGAAGCGCGACUUAUCUAGAAGCCACGAUUCACCAAACGAGCUCAUCCUUAUUCGAAGCCGAAUGCGCGAGAUUCUCUCUAACCGGAUAUCAAGUUGUCGACCAGACGAUACACUGUGUCACAUCAUCCGAUCGAAUGGGUUACCGUUCCGACCAAAUCACCGUAGGUUUGUAAAGAAAAACCUAAACCGACGUUGAGACCAGCGUACUGAUGUGCAUAGUCAAUGUUUCUGUCCUCGUUAUGCAAAACCUGUACACUGCAACUGCACAGACACAGUCAUGUCGUUUGGUCGUUCCGCAAGUUUGGAAAUGUCUUACUGCGCUUGCGCUCCUGUGUCGACUUGUAUCGUGAGCCAACAAACGAUAGACCAAUCGAUGCGACACGCCUCCCAUCAUCGUCACCAACAUCACCAUGGCAGCAGUGAGCUUCAGUACACAGUAGAAAAUAUUCAAGACUCGUGUGCUUGCGAACAAUGUGACUCGUAUAUUGCUCCUACACAGUCGUCCUGACAAUGACCUGUCGCUGGCUGACAAUGACAGCCCACUGAUAACACACAGUCGUCCUGACAAUGACCUGUCGCUCGCUGACAAUCACAGCCCACUGAUAGCACACAGUCGUCCUGACAAUGACCUGUCGCAAGCUGACAAUGACAGUCCACUGACAGCACACAGUCGUCCUGACAAUGACCUGUUGCUAGCUGACAAUUACAGCCCACUGAAAACACACAGUCGUCCUGACAAUGACCUGUCGUAAGCUGACAAUGACAGUCCACUGAUAACACACAGUCGUCCUGACAAUGAUCUGUCGCAAGCUGACAAUGACAGUCCAUUGAUAGCACACAGUCGUCAUGACAAUGACCUGUCGCAAGCUGACAAUGACAGUCCAUUGACAGCACACAGUCGUCCUGACAAUGACCUGUCGCUAGCUGACGAUGAAAGUCCACUGAUAACACACAGUCGUCCUGACAAUGACCUGUCGCAAGCUGACUAUGAAAGUCCACUGAUAGCAGACAGUCGUCAUGACAAUGACCUGUCGCUCGCUGACAAUCACAGCCCACUGAUAGCACACAGUCGUCAUGACAAUGACCUGUCGCAAGCUGACAAUGACAGUCCACUGAAAGCUCACAGUCAUCCUGACAAUGAUCUGUCGCUAGCUGACAAUGACAGUCCACUGAUAACACACAGUCAUUCUGACAAUGACCUGUCGCUGGCUGACACUCACAGUCCACUGAUAACACACAGUCGUCCAGACAAUGACCUGUCGCAAGCUGACAAUGACAGCCCACUGAUAACACACAGUCGUUCUGACAGUGCCCUGUCUCUGGCUGACAAUGACAACCCACUGAAAACGCACAGGCCUCCUGACAAUGAGCUGUAGCUAGCUGACACGUCACCGAAAACACUCAGUCAUCUAGAACAUGACCUGUUGCUAUGUGACAAUGACACGGUCGUGGACAAACCAAUGCGUCUUGACAGUGACGUCAUAACAGCUGACAAUGACAGACUGCUCUCACAAAUUAGAUUUAUUGGCAGCAAGACGACAAGGCCAUAUAGGGAUUAACUAAAUUUGAUAGUUACUUAUUCAAAAGUUCCUAAUGAUUAAUCCGUUUAUGUACUAUAAACACGAUCCGAUGACGCAAGUAGCAAAAUUAUUGUAAAUGUUAUUUGUCCGACUGCUUGGAAAUCGCAAUUAAGUACAAAAUCGGAUUAACAAAACUUUUAUCUGUGAACUAUCAAAGACCAAAGAUCAGAAACAAAGCAUACGUCCAUUUGCCACCCACCGUUAUGAAGGAUCACCGACAAACCAGGGAUGGGGCGGUGAUCCAGACUUGUGGAUUGCAAACGGACGUUCAUAUCGCACCCAUUGUCGAAUAAAACAAUCAUUCUAAAUUA